AUGGCCGGUAUCGUGGACAUCCCCGUUCACUAUGAAGUUAUAUUUGGCAGCGAUCCGCGAGUUUCUAAAGCUCUGGCGGACGUAUAUUUCGAGAUUCUUAUUUUCUUGGGAAGUGUUCGCGCGGCGUUAUGCAAAGACAAUGCAGAUAUCAGAACACAAGUAAUGACUUGGUUAUACCCAGGUGAUUAUUAUGAGAGUUUACAUCAAGCUUGUGCCAAGAGAUCCUCAAAUACAGGUCAAUGGCUUCUUACUGACACAAGCUUUCAAAAUUGGCUGAACGGGCUGUCAGAUUCGGUACUGUGGUGCUAUGGCUCUCCAGGGUGUGGGAAAACGAUUCUCAGUGCCACCGCUAUUCAGUAUUUACAGGAUUAUUAUGGCUCCAUUCCCACAAUAUACUUUCACUGCAGCUCAACAGACAAGUUAAAACAAUCCCAGGAAUCCAUAUAUAUCAGCCUUUUAGGUCAAAUCACAGCACACGCAACCAGUAUUCCACAGGCAUUAAUAUCUGCAUAUCUCUUCGCUGAAAGAUACGGACGAUGUCGCAUCUCCGUUGCCGACAGGAUCCCGGAAUUGCUCGCAGAAGUGCUUCGUGCCUUACCAGCACUUAACAUCGUCAUAGAUGGACUUGACGAAUGUGAAUCCGAAGAUAUGCUAGGUAUUUUGCGCCUGCUGAAUGGUAUUUCCCAAGAUCGCAACUCUAUCCGCCUUUUAUUCUUCUCACGAGAUAUUCUUCCCUUGCGCAAAGAAUUGGGCAUUUUCCCUUCUGUCCACAUCAAUACGAAUGCUGUUCAGUCAGAUAUUGAACAGUAUUUAAGAGAGGCAAUUGAGACUCUUCCUUGUACAGAAUCUCACUUAAAACAGUAUGUGUAUAAUGUGCUAUCCCAAAAGGCGGCAGGCAUGUUUCUAUUCGCACGACUUGGAAUGGAAACAUUGCAAGCAACAUUUAAUACUCAGGAUAUGCUAUCUUCACUGGACAAACUUCCUACCGGAAUUUACAAUGUGUACGGACAAAUUCUGGAACGCUUAGCAUCAAAACCAUUUGCAAAUCAAUCUUUGGCACGUCGCAUUUUCCAUUGGGUAUGUAGAACUUCAAGGCCUCUCAACUGGCUUGAAUUACAGUGUGCUUUAUCUUGGGACGAAGAAAGGACGAUUUUUGAUGGAAAUAUUGCGCCUUCCAAGGACUCGGUGCUAGAAGUUUGUUGUCCUUUGGUUGAGUAUAGACCCGAAUCCGACACGUUUAACCUUGGGCAUUUAUCAGUCUACGAAUAUCUUCACGAUCGCUCGAAUUCCAUCUUGUUGUCGCCUCAAGCAGCUGGCUUUCUUCUCGAAGAGAAAUACUCGCAUCUUGGGCUAGCCCAAGCAACAUUGACGUACCUAAGCAAAUCUGGGAUCGCCGAAUCGAUUAAUCUAAACUCACAGCAAUAUCCUUUAGCAAAAUAUGCUACGGAAAAUUGGUGCUAUCAUCUAUCAUUAUCUGUGUACGACUUUAAACUUCAUCGACAAUACGAAAAGUUCGUUGCAUCCGAAACUAGGAGAUCGGCUUGGAUUACAAGAUCAUUAUUAUCAGAAGAUCUACCAUUUCCCAUGCAUCGAAUUGCAAAACUUCAAAGACUAGUUCAAACCUGGACAAACCAAUCCGGUAUCCUUGGAAAACAAUCCGCGGAAGAUUUGAUGGAUAUUCAAAAAGCUUUGUUUCGUCUAGACGAUUUCAUACAAUCACAACGUCGAGGAGGACCCGGUAGUAUUAACGUUAUCUCUAACUUUGAGAGAUCCAUGAUCAUCCGAGACUUGGCUAGGCUGUAUACUAUGAGUGGUCAAAUAGAUAUGGGAGUUCGUGUUUUCGAGGAAGAGAUUACAAAGACUGGAGGUACCAAUUCAGGAAAAGCCUCAAAGGCGUGGCUACUAAAUAGUCUUGGGAUUCUCUACGAUCAGCAAGGAAGAUUUCGUCUCGCGGAAGCUAUACAGCGUCAAGCUCUAGCCGUACAACUCCGUUUCCUCCCCCACGACCACCUCGACAUAAUAAUCACCAUCAACGAACUCGGCCGCGUGUGUCGACACCUGCAAAAACAUUCCGAAGCCGAAUCCCUUCAUCUCCGCGCCCUGCGUACUCUAGAACCCCUCUUCCCACCCACAGACCACCAUAUAAUCUGGACCCAAAACGCACUCGCACGGUGCUACCGCUCUCCUCACCGCACCCCCUGUCUCCCCCAAGAAGCACUCGUCUUGCACACUCAAGCCUACAACUCCAUGGUACGUACCCUGGGACCCCUCCAUCCACACGCCAUUUGGACUCUCUCCGACACAGCGCGCUGUCUUGCCCAACUAGGACGAGUAGACGAAGCAUUUGAAGUUCGUACACGCGUUCUCGAGCAGAGGAUGCAAGUUCAUGGGUGUAUGCAUGCGGAUACAUUGUGGGCGAUGAAUUCGCUGGCGUUGUGUUAUGAAGGGAGAGGAGAGAUGGCGGAGGCCGCUUCUUGGCAUUCCCGCGCUUAUGAGGGGCAGGUGCAACUUUUUGGUGAGGGGCAUGCUCAUGCGAAAUGGAGUUUGCUGGCUUUGGGUCGGACGGGGUUUUUGUGUUAG